AUGCCUGCCUCCUCGUUCAAAGUUGUCUUCCUUGCCAUCGCCACCGCGAUGCAGGCUUAUGCCGUCUCCUCGCCAGUAGCGGACUGCACCACGACGCUCAACAUCACGCAGACCAGGUUUGCGACGCCGCCGUACUGGCCUCAGUGCGAGUUUGACAGCACGAUGCGCGAGUACCCGUCGACCACGACGACCACGACGUCGCUCGACUGCCACGGGUGCCGCCACAUUCGUGUCCAGGAGGUGCCGUUCGUGUACUGCCCAUACUGGCACUACACGGCGUCGACCAGCGAGACGACGCCAUACACUGUGCAUGAGACUGUGUGGCAGAACAGAGUAAUCAACAAGUUAACACGUCAAUACGACGCUGCAUCAGACUACUAG